AUGCGGGCCGUCGUCACAGGCGCCGCAGGUCGGAUCGGGCGCGGCGUCGCCACCGCGCUGAGGGAGCGCGGGCACACGGUGGUCGGCGUGGACAUGGCGUCUGCGCCACCCGGGCUGCUCGGCACCGGAUGCGACGACUUUGUCACGAUCGACCUGGCUGCAGCCGUGGCUGGGCAGGAGAGGGAGUGCCUCACCGCUGCGAUGGACGGCGCGGACGUGGUGGUGCACUGCGCCGCCUGGCCAGGGCCGUCCGCCACACCUCCGCCUGCUGUGGUCGCGAGCGGCGACGCCACGAAGCCUCCGAUCGGGCUGGAGACGGCGCCGCCGGCGGUGCUCCUGCGCGACAACGUGGCAUCGACGUCCGCGGUGUGCGACGCCGCCAUCGCGGGCGGCGCCUCGCGCUUCGUCUUCUCCUCCUCCGCCUUCGCGAUGGGCUUCAGCCACGUGCCACGGGGCCCCCAGGCGUGGAGCAGCAAGGUCGGCUACCUCCCUGUGGACGAGGCGCAUGGCGCGCAGCCGCACGAGUCGUACGGGCUGUCCAAGCUCGCGGGCGAAGAGAUCCUCGAGACGGCAGCGCGCACCGCCACCGACACGAGCUUCGUCUCGCUCCGCUUCACAAACAUCGUCAAGCGCGAGCUCUGGUCGUCGCUGCCGUGGGAGGCGCCCACCUCCGCCGAGCCGCUGCAAUUGGUGCUCUGGGCCUACGUGCACGAGGACGACGUCAUACGCGCCCACGUGGCGGCUGCGACCCGGGAGGACGCGGCCGCGCGCGGCUCACACGAGGCCUACCUCCUCGCCGCCCCGGACUCGCGCUUCGCCGAGCCGACGCUGCCGCUCCUCGCGUCGGUCCUCGGCGUGGAGGGGAUGCCGCUCCGCUCGCCGAUGGAGGGGAACGCGUCGGUGCUCUGCGCGCGCAAGGCGACCGAGCGGCUCGGGGUCGAGCGCGCCCUCUCCGACCCGGAGGUGCAGCACUUCGACCUGGCGGGCUUCGAGCUCGCCUGCGGCCACGCGCUGCCGGCGGGGGCGACGCUCGCAUACAAGGUGCACGGCCCGCCUGUCGGCGCGAGCAAGGGCGUCAUCCUGCACCCGACGAGCUUCGACGCCGUCCACGACGAGCUCGAGUACAGCAUCGGCGAGGGGCAGACGCUCGACACGAGCGCCUACACGGUGGUCGUGCCGAACCUGCUCGGCAACGGCGUCUCGUACUCGCCGUCGCGCAUGCGCCACGCCGAGCGCCUUGCCGGCUACCCGCCGCUGCUCUCGAUCGGCGACAACGUGCGCGCGCAGCACCUGCUGCUCGAGCACCUGCACGCGGCGCGCGGCGCGCCGAUGGCGCCGCUGAGCCUGGCGUACGAGUGGGCCGUCGCGCACCCCGACCACGUCGAGAGGGUCGCCGCGGUGUGCGGCGCGGCGCGAUGCGGCGAGCUCAACGGCGUCUUCCUGCGCUCGAUCGAAGAGGCGCUCAAGGCGGAUGCGGCGUGGGAUGCGAGCCGCGGCCACUUCACCACGCGCCCCGAUCGCGGCCUGCGGGCGUUCGGCAGCAUCUACGCCGGCUGGGGCGUCGGUGCGGGCUGGUACACGCAGCGCGGGUACGCGAGCGCCGGGUUCGAGUGUGCGGAGGCGUUCGUGCGGGACUCGUACCUGCCCGCCUUUGCCAACUGCGACGCAGACGACCUGCUCUCUCAGAUUCGCACGUGGCGCCACGCCGACGUCUCGAGACACACGGGAGGCGACUUGGCCGCCGCGCUCGGCCGCGUCCGAGCGCGCGUGCUGCUGAUGCCGUGCGACGAGGACCGCUACUUCACCCUUGGCGAGGCGCAGCACGAGGCGGCGCUGCUCGGCGAGCGGGCCACGCUGCGACCGAUCGUGUCGGCGGCGGGCCACCGCGCGGGCGACCCGCACCGGCCAGAGCUGGCAGCCGAGGCGGCCUUCAUCCGGAGGCACGUGCACGAGCUGCUGUCGGAGCGGUAG